AUGGCGCAUCAUCAUCACCAUGGCAACUGUGGCUGUGACCACGCCCACGAGGAUCUUGGAGACCCAAGUGUGGCAUAUAGUUUGUAUCAGAAAAUUGACAUAGACCAUGUUGAGUGUUUUAAUGAACAUGAAGAUGGUGCCGGCAAGAAAGUGUUCAAGCCAUGGGAAGACCGAUUAGAUUUGACAAAGUAUGUAGACAGUGAUGUUGAUGAGGAACUCCUUCUGUAUGUCCCGUUUACUGGUAACGUUAAGCUAAAGGGUCUGAUAUUAUUGGGAGGAGGGGGUCAACAUCCUAACGAAUUGAGACUUAAAAAUCGUCAUCCUCAAGGUUUUGAUGAAAUAGCUGGUGAACCAGAGCAGGUUUUACAGGUUGGACGAGAUGACAGUGCUACUCAUGAAUAUCCCAUUAAAACAUCUCGUUUUAACUCAAUUAACAGUCUCGUUAUACACAUUCCUGGUAACCACGGUGACGAAAUAACACGAGUGUACUACGUUGGACUACGAGGUGACUUUACACUAGCAGGGCACGACGAGGUUUUUGCCGAUCCUCAAAUUUCUCUGGUUUUAAGAGAACCCGCAGACCUAACUUAUUAUAAUAAGUCAUUUGGUACUUUACCCAAAAUGAAUUCUUCACAGUCUAAAAGCCGCAAGCGGUCACUUCCACAUUCACUAGCAGAAGAAAAUCGCAAAGCACCUCCAAAUGUUAAAGUGACCAAAUUAACAGUAAGGACUUAA